AUGGACGGUCAGACGCUGUGGAAGGCUGAGAGGAGCCGGUCCAGCUCGCGGGAGAAAAAGGAGGGUAACACUAAGGACAUGGUGACAGACUUUGAUGAGAAACAUGAUGAGUAUUUAAUAUUGCUUCAGCAGAGGAACCGGAUAUUAAAGCAUUUGAAAACCAAGGACCCCAUGCAGCUGAGGCUGGAGCAUCUGGAGCAGGGCUUCUCUGUCUACGUCAACGGGGCCAAUUCUAAACUGAGGACGUCGCUGCGGAAAGCUGUCCAUCCCGACUUCUCCAGAAGCGCCUCGCAUGCCGAGGGGACACAUGAUUACGGACAGAGAACCCUGCUUCGAGAAGCGGAGGAAGCUUUACAACGCCAUUCCCGGACGGCCCCCAGCAAGGUCCAGCGUCGAGGAUGGCACCAGAAAUCUGUGCAGAUCAGAACCGAAGCUGGCCUGCGGCUCCACAUCGAACCUCCUCUGGACCCUUCGGAAGAUUCUGAGCCACGUGAGGACUUGCCUGGCCAGGCAGAGGAUGCUUCUGUGGGUCGUCCACAGAACACAUACGGACAUCCCGAUCCUCCAAGCAGUGCAGACAGAGAAAGGAUCCUCCUGACCAUUGAGGAUGUGAUGGAGCUGAGAAAAAGCCUGGAACUCAGUGUCAGUCUGCAGAGGAAACAAAAGGAUUGUUCCAGUGAUGAGUAUGACUCCAUUGAAGAAGCCAUACUCUCGGAGCCUGAGCUUGAGGACCAGGCGCUGGUGGACCACCCCAGGCGUGACCCUGCUCUUCCCAGGGAGGACUCAGUGCAGAAGGACAUUCCUGAGGACCAGGGGACAGAAGGACGUCCUUCCCAGGGCCUGGACACCCUCGUGGUGCUGGAAUUUAACCCGGCUUCCAAAGGUCAUAAAAAGGAAAGGAAUUUGUCUGCUAAGCGGAAGGACGACGCUGAGGUCUUCAUUCCCAGCAAACCGGAGCAAAACCCGAAUCCCCCGCUGCGCACCGUGUGCCCAGACCAGGAGAGGCCAAGCUCAAGACCUGGGAACCAACGAGAGAGACCCCUGUCAGCAAUCCGGAAACCAGUGCUGGAGGCUGAGGACCCACAGGAAGCUGCCUCCGCUGUGCUCAGAGCCAUCCAGGUGGAGAAUGAAGCCCUGCACAGGGCAGUCCUGAGCAGAAGGGCCGAGCCCCCCGCCAGCCUGCUGCAGGACACGGAGAGAUCACCAGCCCAAUCACGGACCAGUCUGCUGAAGGAGCAGGAAGAGAGCCCUGAGCAUCUUCCCAUCACCGUGGCAACCAGUGCACCGGAGCCCUCCAGGGCAGCAGGGGGAGCCCUAGCUGUCAGUGAUGCCAUUGACAGAAUCUGCCUUUUGGGGAGCAGACAACAGCAAAAGCUUCUGGAAGUCCUCCAGGCCAUCGAGAGUGACUCUGCCCCCAUUAGCCAGGCCGUGUCCCCAACCAAAGAGCAAGUGCUGGACCCACAGGACACAUUGAGAAUGAGAGCAGACGCGCUGAAAGAUGCCAUCCAGGUGAAGGUGGAAGUUCUGUCCAACUGGGGGAACCCGUCAAGGGUGGGUCUCACGGAAGUCGAGUUCUUCGACCUGAACGACACCAAGCUGUACGUGUCGCCUCGUGACGUGGAUGUGUGGAGCAUGGACACGCCCGGGGACCUGGGCCUCCUGGUCAACCGGAACUUGCCUAGCAAGAAAGACCCCUCCUUGUGGACGUGCCCCUUCCACCCGCCGCUCAAGCUGUUUUUUGUCAUCCGCAACGUGAGACCACUGUGUGGCUUUGGUCUGGCCAAGAUCAAGGUGUGGAAUUACUGGAUGGCUGAUGGGGGUCUUGACAUUGGUGCCAAGCACGUGAAGGUUUAUGUCAACGAAAACCUCAUCUUUGAUGGCCAGUUGGACCAAGGAGGUGGGAAGGCCCCAGCUGACCAGAGCAUCCUGGUUGGCCCGAAAAACGAGAACGAGAGAACGGAGGACACCGUGAAUGCCCACUGGGAGGGAAGCAAAGAUGGCCGCACGAUGGCCAGCACAGAUGGGGACAAGGAGCUCAGUGUCACUGACGCGCAGCCAGCUGGAGCGGCCGUGGAUGUGAAGCCGUCUUCACCAGGAAAUUUAUUCGGUCAAAGGAUGAAUUCUCCUGACUGCAUCAAAGAGAGUUUGUCCAAACUGGAGGACGAUGUCAGCUUGUCAGCAGCCCCGGCCUCCAUGGGGGGCGUGCCCGCUGGCCCUCCCGCUGCGGCCCCUGUGGAAUGCCCUCUUCUUGACCAGGAGCUCUCGCUGAUACAGCAGCUGGAAAACCUCACUGGCAGAAAAGUCUCUGAGCCACCGGGGAAAACGCCAUCCUGGUUACAGCCUUCUCCCAUAGGGAAAGGCAGGGAGCAGGGAGGCAAGAAGCCAAAACCCCUCUGGCUGAGUCCUGAGAAACCGCUGGACUGGAGAGACAGGCUUCUCCCAGAGGACAUCCUUGGUGAGGGACCUGGAGAGAUGGAGGCCGGGGAGAAAGGCCCCAGGUGUGAGCAAGGGCGGGCGAGCAGCUGGAAUGUCACCUCGGGGGACAGAGCCCAGAGGGUGACCCCCAAAGUCUGCAGUGAUGACUUUGACAUCUUUAACCAGCCCGCCAACAGGGAGCGUCCUGCUAGUGGGAGGAGGGCCCUGAAGAACACCCCCAGCAGCGCUCAUGGCGACAACCAGCCAGCCGGCAGAGAUGGUGCCUGGUCCACCAGGACGCCACCAUGGCCCCGAUGGUGCAGCGAGCAGGAACUCACGCUGCACGAGUCGUGGAGCUCCCUUAGCGCCUUUGACCGCUCGCACCGGGGCCGCAUCUCCAACAUGGAGUUCCAGGAAGACAUCCUGGAUGAGUUCCUGCAGCAGCAGCAGAGCAGCCAGCACACUGACCAGCCGCCCGUCUUGAAGGAAGAGAAGCCGGAGCCCACGAAAAGGCAGGAUGACGGCGCCGCCGACAUGGGCGACGGGAGCGACUUUAAAAUCCCCGUCUUGCCUUACGGACAGCACCUGGUCAUUGACAUCAAGUCAACUUGGGGGGAUAGGCAUUAUGUCGGCCUUAACGGGAUAGAAAUCUUCAGUUCCAAGGGAGAACCAGUGCGAGUGGCAAACAUCCAAGCAGACCCCCCCGACAUCAAUAUUCUCCCAGCCUACGGGAGGGACCCCCGUGUGGUCACCAACCUCAUUGACGGGGUGAACAGGACCCAAGACGACAUGCACGUCUGGCUGGCCCCCUUCACUCCAGGCGAGCCCCACUCCGUCUCCGUGGACUUCAUGCAGCCCUGUCACGUUGCCCUGAUCAGAGUCUGGAAUUACAACAAAUCACGUAUCCAUUCUUUCCGCGGCGUGAAGGACAUUGAGAUCCUGCUGGAUGCACAAUGCAUCUUCAAAGGAGAAAUCGCCAAGGCCUCGGGAACCCUGACGGGAGCCCCAGAGCACUUCGGGGACACAAUCCUAUUCACCACCGACGACGACAUUCUCGAGGCCAUAUUCUGUUCGGACGAGACGUUUGAUGUGGAUGAGGAGAGUCUUUGCGGGCUGCCGUGUGAAGAGCCGCCGAGGCGGCCCAGCACAGCUGACGGCGAGAGGGACGAGCGGCCCUACACCCAGGCCGGCCUGGGGGCCGAGGACCUGGUUCCUGAACCAGAGCUGCCACCCAGCCCCUCCGUCCCCGAAGUCACCACUCCAGAGCCGGGUGUCUACAACGGGAUCUGCCUGCGGCUGAAUUUCACGGCCUCCUGGGGCGACCUCCAUUACUUGGGACUCACGGGCCUGGAGGUGGUCAGCCGGGACGGCCAGGCACUGCCCAUCCGCCCGCACCAGAUCUCCGCCUGCCCCAGAGACUUAAAUGACCUCCCCGAGUACACGGAUGACUCUCGGACCCUGGACAAGUACGUGUCUGCCAAAAUCGUCCAUGUCUCCCUGGACAGCCUGUGCAUCUCCCCUCCAGAGGGCUUUCUCAUCCGGAAGGGGCCGGGCAACUGCCACUUUGAUUUUGCUCAAGAAAUCCUCUUUGUGGACUAUCUACAGGCUCCACUGCUGCCCCAGCCGGCGCACAGGCUCGACACGAAAAGCCUGGAGCGGGCGAGCAUGGAGUACGAGGCACCCCUGAUGCCCUGUGGCUUCAUUUUUCAGUUUCAGCUGCUGACCAGCUGGGGCGACCCCUAUUACAUCGGCCUCACGGGCCUGGAGCUGUUCGACGAGCGGGGAGAGAAGAUUCCUCUGUCAGAAAACAAUAUCGCCGCCUUCCCCGACAGCGUGAACUCCCUGGAGGGCGUGUGUGGGGAUGUGCGGACCCCCGACAAGCUCAUCGACCAAGUGAAUGACACCAGUGACGGCAGGCACAUGUGGCUGGCUCCCAUCCUGCCGGGCCUGGUGAACCGGGUUUAUGUGAUUUUCGAUCUGCCUACCACGGUGUCAAUGAUCAAACUGUGGAAUUACGCGAAAACGCCCCAACGAGGGGUGAAGGAAUUUGGUCUUCUAGUGGACGACCUGCUGGUGUACAACGGGAUCCUGGCCAUGGUUGGCCACCUGGUUGGGGGCAUCCUGCCCACGUGCGAACCCACAGUGCCCCACCACACCAUCCUCUUCACCGAGGACACGGACAUUUGCCAGCAGGAGAAACACACCGCCGUCAGCUGCAGGCAGGUGGAGGACCAGGAUGUCCAGAUGAUGAAUGAAAACCAAAUAAUUACCAACUCGAAAAGGAAGCAGAGGGCCGUGGACCCAGCCUUACGCCCCAAAACCUGCAUAAGUGAGAAGGAGACAGUGAGACGAUGGUGGUGCUGACCGGGGAAAGAGGAAGAUGGAACUGGUCCUCGCAGCCAGCGUGGGGCUCCGCCACUGGCCGCCACUCAGCAUCCGUGCCCCCGCCCUCAGUCCUCAGUGGCCAGCCCAGACCCAGGGGCUAGAAGAGAACUGUGGUGUGAAGGGGAGCCCGCUGGGGAAAAGGGACUUGAGGGGUGGGCGACCUUGGAAAAGACAGCAGUUCCGGGCGGGAGGGUCCAAGGCUGCUGCUAUGGACCUGCCACCCUAUCCAGCAGGGAGCCCGGGACACCCCGCUUGGUGCGUCUCCCAUAAGAUCCAGCAAAGGAGGGCUGGUGUCCACUCAGGCCUAUCAUAGGUUGCCCGCUUCGGGCCUGGGCAGGGAGAUAGUUGGAGAGGCCUCCCAUCCAGCCCGGAGCCUGGCUGAGAGGGCAGGGGGACCAGGCCUCAAACACAGGGUGUGCUGGGGGGGCUCCGCCUUCAGAGACCCAAGCUGAGGCGCCAGCUCACCCUCCCCUACCCUCACACACACGGGCCUCAUUUGGGGGCUGGCGGGGCUACCUGAGAGGGUGGGACCCCCAGUGUCUAACAACGAUUGCUGCAACUCCCUCCCCCAUCCCAGACCUGCUGCUCCUGCAGGGGCCGCUGUCCGCUUGUCAAGCCUGAGAAGGGACUGGCCUAGGGCAUGUGUCCUGCUGAGGAAAGCAAGGGAGAUUGCCCACCCACUGUCCGGAGCGGGGCUCACCCUGGCAUGCCGGCACUGUCUCUGAGGCAUUGCCAGGCCCAGACAGGACCACAGGUGGGCAGCUUCAAACCCCAGAGGGCCCAUCCAGAUGUCCCCUGGCUGCAGGGGAGGCAGAGAACCAGCUCCACGACCCCACCCUCAGCCCCAGAGGCAGCCCUUCCUUCCACUCAGACUCUGGAGGGAGGCGGCCCUCAAGGCACUCCCUGCCGCGUCCCUGGGGUUGACAGCAGGCUUUUCUUGCUUUCUCCUUUUUGUCCACAUCUGUGCCCUUUGCCCUUGGAGUCCUGCAGUGAGGUUCUGGCUGCCCAGGCCCCACCCCUUCUCCCUCUCCCAGCAGCUUCCCAGCAAGUUGGAAAGGUGCCUCGCACCCCCAGCCGAGUGAAGCCCGGAACGCAUCUAUUUCCAUCUAUGUAACAAGCUCAGAUCAGGGACCUAAUUGGUUUCCCAGUGGUGGGUAAUUUCUUGUCCCGAUAUUAAUCCGCUGUUUUCCUGGCGCCCGGCCCGGCCCGGCCCGCUGCGAUACUGUACUCCAGGACUUUCCUAUGCGCCCCAGAGCCCUGCAAACGUUUUAUGAGCUUUGCAGCCUCCUCAUGCACGAGGGCAGCUGUGCAAAUGUGCUUUUCAUUUGGAGCGUGGGGUCGAUGUGAAUAUCAGGAAUUGUUUCUUCCUAAAAAGAUCCAUCAUUUCUAUAAUUUCCAAGCCCCUGCUUCUCUGCUCACCUCCCAGAUGUGACAAGCUCCCCCAAGGCACCCGGGCUCCCAGGAGAGCUGACUUGGGGGUGGGGGUGGGGGGCCUGAUCACACCAGCCCUUCGGAACCAACACCAGUGCGGUGGCUUUCAAGGGAGCCCAGCUGUCCAUUCCCACCCAAGGCACGAGUGCUGGUCACGUUUGUUGGGGAGAGUGCACGGAUGCCGAGCCCAUGCGCUCCUGGAAUCUCAGCAGAUAUUUAUAAUAUUGUAUGUACCCUGCAAUUUAGGAGGAAAGAAAGGCUGUACAGCUAUUAACUCUAAAAUAAAUUUCUAUUUUUUUUUCAAUUGCAAAAUCAGUAGAAGAUGUUAUUAAGAAUAGAGUUUGAGGGCCGGCCGAGUGGCGCGUUGGUUAAGAGCUGGCUUGGGACUCCAGAGGGCCCCAGUUCGGAUCCCACA